AUGUGUUUUCAACAGGACCUGGUGGUGGCUUGCCAUUUGGACUGGGUAGUCUUGCUGGGCUGGGAGGUCCUGGAGGCCCAGACCUUACCAGCAUGCUUAAUAAUCCUGCUCUCAUGAAUAUGGCUACACAGCUGAUGUCAGACCCUAAUAUGCAAAAUAUGCAUUCUCAUUUCAGGAUGAGUAGCUUCAUGGGAAGUGUUGGUGGCUUGGGUGGUGGUGGUGGCAGUGGUGUUGCCACUGGAGGUCCUAGUGCUCCUGCUGCAGCUGCUUCAAACACUGGCAUGGAAGCUCUUCUUACUGCUGGACGGCAGCUAGCAGAACAAAUGCAGUCCCAGCACCCAGAAUUGGUUGAACAAAUUCGUCAACAAAUGAACCGUGGUGCUGGUGGGAGCUCGGGAGAUUCACAAGACAGUAACCCCCAAGAUCCACCACCUCAGAAUUAGCCACGUUAUAUAGCUCAAUAUAUAGACACUCUUAAUCUAUUUGCAUUUAGGAGAAAGUGCUUGAUCGGUUUUUAGACACGUAUCUCAUUGUCUGUGACGAGCAAAUUGACUGUGCUGUUAUGAAAUUAAAACAUUGUACAAGUUAAAAAUAUGUAAUGAUGGGGUAGAAUUUAAUACAUUUGUUUUAUUUUGAAUAGGAAGUUGUCAUGUUUCUAGCAAGGUAUUUACAGCAUUUUGUAAAUGAACUUUUUUCACUAGGAAUUACUCAUUAAAAUGAGAUUUAUUGCUUUAAAAUGUGAGAUAUUUCAGUAACUUUCUCUUAAAAUUUAAAUAAAUUAUGAAGAAAUUU